AUGGUGCGCCUGCUGCUGCUGCUGCUGCUGCUGGCUGCGCCUGCCCUUCCCCUCCCCCUGCGCCUGCCUCCCGCGGGCGGCUGCGCUUUCCCCGUCGGUGGCUUAGACGUCAACAGCCACUUGCCUCGCUCGUAUUCGCCUCGCCCCGCCUCCCCUGGUGCCUUCCCGGACCUACUACCCGUCUUGUCUCUAGUCUCGCCUGCCCUCCCGCCAUGUCGCGACUCAGCAACAUCUCAGUCCUACCAUUAUACUUUGCUCGCCGGAACCUUCUCCGAUCCCAGUGUCCAACAACGCGCUUCCCCUCCGCCCAACCCUCAGCCACAAAAAAUCUCUCUCGCCAACUCUCGCGAUUCGUCUGCCCGACAUUCACCAAUCAACAUGCUCCCCUCGACUCGUUGCCGUCUUCCUGCGGCGCCGUGA